AUGUAUUUGCCGGGCAAUCAAAGAUCUAUUCCUAUAUGAGCCUGAACAAAUGCUCUGGAAUGCGUUCCCCCCUUCAGGAAGAGAACUCAGUUGCACAUCACGAAGUCAAAUGCCAGGGGAAGCCAUUAACCGGCGUCUACCGGAAACGAGAAGAGAAAAGGAACUCUGGAAACGCAGUCCGAAGCACCGUGAAGUCCGAGGAGCAGAAGCUCAAAGAUGCCAGGAGAGGCCCCCUGGCACCUUUUCCAAACCAAAAACCUGAAGCAGCAGAACCUCCAAAAACCCCAACCUCAUCUUGUGACUCCCCUAAUGCAGCUGUUGCCAAGUCUGCCCUGAAAAAGCCUGUCAGGGGCAAACAGGCCCCUCGGAAAAAAGUUCAAGGAAAAUCACAGCAGAACCGCAAGCUCACGGAUUUCUACCCUGUCCGAAGGAGCUCCAGGAAGAGCAAGGCGGAGCUGCAGUCUGAAGAAAGGAAAAGAAUAGACGAAUUGAUUGAAAGUGGGAAGGAAGAAGGCAUGAAGAUUGACCUCAUCGACGGCAAAGGCAGAGGCGUGAUUGCCACCAAACAGUUCUCCCGGGGCGAGUUCGUGGUGGAAUACCACGGGGACCUCAUCGAGAUCACGGACGCCAAGAAGCGGGAGGCUUUGUACGCACAGGACCCCUCUACAGGCUGCUACAUGUACUAUUUUCAGUACUUGAGCAAGACCUACUGUGUGGAUGCCACUAGAGAGACCAACCGCCUGGGUAGGCUGAUCAACCACAGCAAGUGUGGGAACUGCCAGACCAAGCUGCAUGACAUCGAUGGCGUGCCUCACCUCAUCCUCAUCGCCUCGCGCGACAUCGAGGCCGGCGAGGAGCUCCUGUACGACUACGGCGACCGCAGCAGGGCUUCCAUUGAGGCCUAUCCCUGGCUGAAGCAUUGACCCGCCGCCCCCUCCCCACCCCUCCCCCUCCAAUGGACAAAGUGCCCUCAAAGGGAAUCGAGAAAAACAGAUUUUUUUUUACACACACUUAAUCUUAGCAAAUUACUUCAGAUGUUUUUAAAAAGUAUAUUAAGAUGCCUUUUCACUGUAGUAUUUAAAUAUCUGUUACAGGUUUCCAAGGUAGACUUGAACAGAUGGCCUUAUAUUACCAAAACUUUUGUAUUCCAGUUGUUUUUGUACCUUUUUUGCAUACAAGUUGAACGUUUGCGCUUCCCGUGCAUGCAGUCAAAGACUCAGCACAGGUUUUAGAGGAAAGAAUCAAAUAGGAACUAGGAAGCGGGGCGAUUCUCCUGCCUGCAGCCGGGGAGCCAGACCGUCCCCCGCAGCCUCGCAACGGCCUGGCCGGCUGCUCCCAAGCUCUUGUUUUCCUGAGGCCUCGACAGGCACACAUUGAAGUGUAUGAAUGAAUAUUUUUUAAAAAGGUUUCGCCGUAAGUUAGUCUUCCCCUCUGCUUUCUCGAAAGCUUAACCGACCCAGUGGCCAGAAACUCGGGCCGAGCCUGGACUCUUCCACGGGCUGACACUCUUCCCCAGCCUCUCGAAGCAUCCGAGUUGACGCAGGCAGGGAAAAUUGUGGCCAACCUGCUCCUGCCAGGGCCGGGCUUCCCCAAACUGGGUUCAUUCUUUAUAGAAAUGUGAACACUGAGUUUAUUUUGAAAAAUAAAAAUCAAAAAAGAAAAAAAACCACAGAAAACAACUUACGUGUAUAUAGGACUUGAAGUGAGUGAAGUGGCUGCGUUUUUUAUUUUGAAUCCUUUUUUUCUUUCUUUUUUGGCUUUUGGUUUUUGUAGAAGAGAUUUGAGAUGGUACUCUAUUCUAAUCAAAAAUAAAGCUUUGUAGUGGGACCAGAAAUUACUUACCCAGCCCUUCCCCUUCCACCCCCACCCAGUUCUGCUGGGUUGAAGGUUCCAGACCUGUCCAGGCUGUUUGUCCCACCUCCUGGUGUUUGUCCUACAAAGAUGCAGCCAUGAACUCCAGGCUCUGAGAUGCAGGACCCUCACCCCAGCCACCACGCCCACCUCAGAAGGGCAGUCAGGUGUGCAGGGGGCACAGGGGAAUGGGCCCAGGGUCAUGGCUGAGGGCGAGAGCUUCACCUCUGUGCCGGCAGGAGGAGGUGGUUUCCUCCUCCUUCCCAAAGGGGGACUAAUGGUCACUCUACUAAGCCUGCAGCCUUGGGGGCUCCUGGCCCCCUGCUCCCAGGUAAAUGUGAAUGGAAACAGGUAUGAGGGCCUGUCUUCAACCUUGUCCCCAGCCCCCGCCUUCCCACCCCAGCCUCACCACGGUGCUACCUAAGAAAGUCUUCCCCCACCCACACUUGCCUGGUCAGUGGUCAGCAACUGGAGGAGGAUCCGACGGGAGUGUGUAGAUGUGAGAUAAGAUAUCUUGGUUGUACCUGUUUGUGGUUUAGCUUUGUAUUUAAAAGAGAAAAAAAAUAAACUUGAAAACUAUUUGUCAUCAUAAAAUGAAAAAUUAAAAUAUUUAUU